CCAGCCCGGGCCUCACCCCUCCUCCCCGCCCCCCCGCCCCCCCAGCCCCACAUACAAGUGGAAGCGGCAGGUGACCCAGCGGAACCCGGUGGGGCAGAAGAAGCGCAAGAUGUCGCUGCUGUUCGACCACCUGGAGCCCAUGGAGCUGGCGGAGCACCUCACCUACCUGGAGUACCGCUCCUUCUCCAAGAUCCUGUUUCAGGACUACCACAGCUUCGUGACGCACGGCUGCACGGUGGACAACCCUGUGCUGGAGCGCUUCAUCUCCCUGUUCAACAGCGUCUCCCAGUGGGUGCAGCUCAUGGUGCUCAGCAAGCCCACGGCACCCCAGCGCGCCCUGGUCAUCACGCACUUCGUGCACGUGGCAGAGAAGCUGCUGCAGCUUCAGAACUUCAACACGCUGAUGGCCGUGGUCGGGGGCCUGAGCCACAGCUCCAUCUCCCGCCUCAAAGACACCCACAGCCACGUCAGCCCGGACACCGUCAAGGUGCUUGGGGGCCGGGGAGGGGCCUGGGCUUCCCCUCCGCCCCCUUCUCGGCCGCGGGGCCUGGGGCUGGGCCUGAUUGCCCGCCUUCGCGGUGGAGGAAACUGA